GGAAGGUGUUGCUGCAGUCCGCGCUACAGGUGGAGCCGCGCCGACGCCCGCCUCUGAUUGGCUGCGCGCUGCCAGAAGGCGGCCGGGUCCUGGGCUCCGCUCACUGGCGCGGGAUGUCUGCGCCGCUGCCGUCAGUCUGAGCGCGGUGGCUGCAAGGCGGGCGGCCGACACCCCUGUCGCGUCCCCCGACAUGGAGAAGGAGGAGAAGAUGGGUGGAGAGGAGAAGAUGGGUGGAGAGGAGGAGAGGGCAGCGGCGGGAGUCCCCGGAACGGAGGCGGGCGGCUGGCGGCGGGGAGACCGGCCCGUGCAGAGGAUCGUCUGGAGGAACGUCGUGCUGAUGAGUUUGCUGCACCUGGGCGCCGUGUACUCGCUGAGCCUCAUCCCGCAGGCUCAGCCGCUGACCUGGCUCUGGGCUUAUAUUUGUUUUCUAAUAACGGCUCUCGGAGUGACGGCUGGUGCGCACCGUUUAUGGAGCCAUCGGUCUUACAAGGCAAAACUGCCACUUCGGAUGUUCUUGGCUGCUGCCAACUCCAUGGCUUUUCAGAAUGACAUCUAUGAGUGGUCUCGGGAUCACCGGGUACAUCACAAAUACUCAGAAUCCAAUGCCGACCCUCACAAUGCCACUCGUGGGUUCUUCUUUUCUCAUAUCGGCUGGCUGUUUGUUCGUAAGCACCCGGAUGUGGCGGAAAAAGGAAAGAAACUGGAUGUCAGUGACCUCCUUGCUGAUCCUGUUGUUGUGUUCCAGAGAAAGUAUUACAAGACCUCUGUUUUAAUCAUGUGUUUCUUAAUGCCAACUUUUAUCCCCUGGUACUUCUGGGGGGAGAGUCUCUGGAAUUCGUACUUCCUGGCUUCCAUCCUUCGAUACACCAUUUCUCUGAAUGUCACUUGGUUGGUAAACAGUGCUGCUCACAUGUAUGGAAACAGACCCUAUGACAAGCACAUCAGUCCGAGAGAAAACAGAUUUGUUACUUUUGGAGCACUUGGGGAAGGAUUCCACAACUAUCACCAUACAUUUCCAUUCGACUACUCAACAAGUGAAUUUGGGUUUCGGCUGAACCCGACAACAUGCUUUAUUGAUUUCAUGUGUUGGCUUGGCUUGGCAAGUGAUCGAAAAAGAGCCUCUAAACAAAUGAUUGAAGCACGCAAAAUGAGGACUGGGGAUGGAAGUGCUUGAAAAGAAAUGGUCUCAAAAUUCCAAGCAGAGUUUUCAUAUGUUUAAAUUUGUUGUUUUUUUUUGACUUGGAAAUAUAGUCAUUCGCAUUUCAGGCUUGUGACAAUGAUGAUACAUUUCGCUUUAUGGCCUUUUCACUUUUUUCUCAAUUUAACUCGAGUCCUUGAGUGUGUUGACUAUAUUCUACUGACUGCAAAAAGCCCUGCUUAAUCUGCCAUCAAUGGUCUAAUGUAAUAAGUGACAGCAAAUGCCCUGUACAUUGUUUAAAGGGCAUAUUUGUAUAUUAAUCAAGUGUGCAUUGACCUCAGGAGAUUUGGGUUAAAUUGUCAGUAUAAUGGAUUCAUGCAGCAGGCUUGUGAAAUGAUCCCCACUCUGGCAAGCUGAAGUAAUGCUCUUGCAAUAAAAUAAACAUUAAUGUUUUGGGCUUGAAGUGAUUAAACUUGCAAGAAUCUGUUUCCAUGUUCAUGCUGGUGAUGUUGAUAUUUUGUAUUUAUUCAAAUCAAUGUGAACUUUGUAAUAGAAAGUAGUUAUUGAAGAGAAAAUGAGUGGUUUGGGUAUUUUGCUGUCUAAGUGUAAGUGAUUAAGAAUUUUUUUUGUUUAAUUUGAAAUGAGUUUUAUUUAAUUCUGAUAUGGUGAUGAAUUGGGAAAACUGCUGUGAUUUUUGGAUAACUGUGUGAUAAGGAGAGUUGGAGGUAAAAAUAGGAAUCUCUUUCUAUAAGGUUCAUCAGUUGUGGCACAUAUUGUGUUUUGGGAAGAUAUUAAUAGCUAUUAAUCUUUUUGAGACCAAAUCAUGUAAUAAGUGUAUGUUUUACAUUUAAACUUUGUGCUUGAGGGUUUAGAUUUUCCAUGAGGAAUUGUCUCAUGCAUGUAUGGAUCAGGGUCAGCAGGAAAAUGCCUUGCUCAUUGGUGAGGAGUUUACACAGAAGUGACAAAUUACAAGAUACGAGAAACAUUCCAGAUCUUUAAGCUGGUUUUAAAACUUUUCUGACUUAAAAUUAAACCUCUUUGACUCCUUUAUCACCUGUUGCUUAUGUAUUAGAUUUUCAAAAAUUAAAAAUCAAAACUGUUACAACUCCAAGAGCAUCACCUGACUGGCUGUGCUGAAUGUUAUUUUCAGAUACUCCCCAGAAAUGCUUUUGAAAGGGGUGAUAAACCCACAAACAACAAAAGACAUUUAAUUAAUGCAAAUGAUAACUAAACUUUUGGCCUCCUAAUAUUUUUAAAAACUAUUGAAAGGAAAUUGCAGUGGUUUUGUUACCAGUGAGCUGGCUGCUAUUCAGACUGUGAGAGAUGAGAUUAUUGAGAAGAGGGAGGAAGAGAUACAAACGAGAUGCAUGUGUCAUAAUAUGGACCAAGUCAUGUUGUAAUGCUUUAUAAUAGCUUGGCAAAUAUCCAUUUGUCCUUUUUCUUGUGACUGUAAAGCAUUGUACUGUUUAAUUGAAUAUAAAAAUGAUAAUGACAAGACCCUAUGAUGGAUGCAAUGCACCAUAUCUAAUAAGAUUGAGUUCAUUCUAAUAGGUGCCCUUAUUUAAUCCACUUGUCUUUUAAUAUUGUGACAAAACUACUCCAGGAUAAUCAGCUGUUCUUUGUUCAUGAGUUAAACUGUCUUAGUAAUAAGUGAUGUUUCUAGUAUUCUUUGUGUUUUACUCAUGAUAAAACAGCAUAUUACACCAAAUAUUUUCUCUUGCAUCUGAAUAAACCAAAGUCUGGCCUUGUCAUUAUGUAUGGAUUUGACCACAGUUCAGUAAAUUAAAGGUGAGGUUGGCAUGCUGAAAUAGAAAGGGAAGAAGGUCACAACUUAAAUCUAAGAACCAAUGCUAAUGAAAUGAAUUUUAAAAAGCUUAUUAGUAAUGUCAAGUAAACAUGAAUAGCCAAAACUGUGUAAUGACAGAUUAACCAAAGUUAUGUGUGUAUGUUAGCACUAGUAAACAACAAAAUAAAGUUGCCUGCUUCUCACUAGAGACCUAAAUUGGGAAUGGAUUUGCUGGGCACAUAAUGAAGGCCUUGUUUUCCCUUGUAAGUUCAACUGUGACUUGAACCUAGUAUGUGGGAAAGCAAGAAGAAAAUAGUUUGAAACAACCAGAGACCACUUAUUGUAAUAGCUUAGUAUGCUUAUCCUGUUAACAAUGUAGAGCAGGUUUAAAUUCUAAGUUUAGUGGCAUAACCAAGUAGAACUCUGUGCCUAUCUAUUACGAGGGAGGAAUUUAGCUCAGGAUUCUAGUUUGGAAUUUUUAUUCUGCAAAUGCUGUUUAAAAUACAAUUAAGUGGAAUAGUUGAUGCUCUCAUGGCCAAAUAAUGCACAGGGUUUAUGAACAAGGUGAUCACACAUGACUAUUUCAGCAGCAAAUUCUGGAAAUUCCAUCAAUGCCUUUUUCAGUCACUACCCUAGCUACAUUUCAGUUUUGGGACACACUUUAGCAUGGGUUCUAAUCACUUUCUUGUGUUCAUGGGCCUGGUGCUGGGUGGCUGGAAGACUGACAAUGUGAUAGCAUUAGUUAAAAAUGAGGAAGAGAGACCUAGCAAAUACAAGGCAAUCAUUGCCAAAUUAUUGGGAAAAUAUCAACAUAAAUCACUAUUAGGAAGGUAUUGGUUAAUAAAAGGCAGCUGGCAUGGAUGGGUUAAGUUGGGUUUGAAUAACUGAAUUGUAAUUUUUGAAAAUGUGGCAAGGAGGGUCAAUGAAGGUACAAUGUUUUAAUGUAGCCUACACAGACUUUUAGUCCUGUUUGGCAAAUUCAUAGACAAGUAAAAGCAUAUGCUGUCGUCGGGAAAAAUGGCGAGUUAGAUUACUUUCUCCCAAUGACAAAAUGUUUUAAAGUUUUAGUGAUCGGAAAACUGUUUGCAGUGGGUUUCUGCAGAGCUCUGUACAAUGUCCCUUGCUUUUUUUUGGAAUAAUACAUUGAUAAUUGUAGGUUUAAAUGUAGAAGCUAUGAUUACCAACUUUGGCAUCAUUUGCAAAUGUAUUAAUGUGAUUGACAGUGAGGAAGAAAGCUCGAGGCUGUAGUUGGUUGAUUUAAGAAGGCAUAUGUUAUACUUGUUACCAGCUAAGGCAUGGAAAAUAAAAGUAGAGGUUAUACUAGAAUUGUAUAAAACACUAGUUAGGCUUUAGCAGUGAGGUAUUGUGUGUAGUUAUUCACAGAAAAGAUCAAAGGCAUUCGAGAAGCUGUAGUUGAGAUUUGAGAAAGUUGCUAGGGUUGAAGAAUUGUAGUUGAGAAGAAACUAGCUAGUUUGGGGUCUUUUGUUUGGAAUAAAGUGGAUUGAGGAGAGAUCUAACUGAGGUGCAGAAAGUUAAAAGAUGCCUAGACAAGGAUGAAUACGAAGGAUCUGUUUUGCUUGGCAGAGUGGUCAGCAAGAGGAUAUAGAUUUAAAUUGUGGUCACAAGAUCACAAGACAAAGGAGCAGAAGUAGGCCAUUUGGCCUAUUGAGUUUGCUCCAUGAGCUAAACUAAUACUAUUCCUAUCUAGCCCCAAUUUCUGGCCUUAUCCCCAUAUCCCUUGAUACCUUGACUAAUUAGAUACCUAACAAUCUCCUCCUAGUCAAAGGAUUGGAGGGGAGUGCUGGAAAAUAACUCCAGCCAAAGAAAAUUGGGGGUCUGGAACUUGCUGCCUGCAAGGUGAUGGAAGCAGAAAUCCCCACCACAGUUAAAAGAUACUUGGAAGAGCACUUGAAGUAUGACCUAAUAGGCAAUGGACUAAGUGCUGGCUAGUGUAGACAUGGUGGGCUAACUGGCCAGCUCUGUAAAUUCCUGUAAUCUUACCAAUAAACUUAAGACAUGCUUGUCACUUUUUUUGUCUGUCCACCAUCUCAGGCCAUCCUCAGAAUAUAGAGUAUACUUCUGAUGUUGGUGAGUGUGAUAAUGAAUUGUAGAAAGAUUUUUUUAAGAUCAUAAGAAAAGGAGUAGAAUUAGGCAAUUUGGCCCUUUGAGUCUGCUCCGCCAUUCGAUCAUGGCUGAUUUUAUUCCCUUUCAACCCCAUAGUCCUGCCUCCUCCCUGUAACCUUUGAUGCCCUUACUAAUAAUGAAGCUAUCAACCUCUGCUUUAAAUAUACCCAAUGACUUGGCCUCCACAGCCAUCUGGGGCAAUGAAUUCUACAGAUUCAUCACCCUCUAGCUAAAGAAAUUCCUCCUCAUCUAUUCUAAAGGGACAUCCUCCUAUUCUGAGGCUGUGCCCUCUGGUUCCAGACUCUUCCACUACUGGAAACGUCCACUCUAUCCAGGCCUUUCAAUAUUCAGUAGGUUCAAUGAGAUUUCUCCCACACUCUGUCCCUGACCACCCCGCCCCCUUUCAUCCGCCUAAACUCCAAUGAUUACAGGCCCAGAACCAUCAAACACUUAACCAUUAAUGCAACUUUCAAAUGUAUUUCUUUAAAACUAACUUUGCUGGCAACUAAUGCUGACUUGUGCAGUACAUUCUGAGAAAGGUAGAUACGAUAUAUUCUUUAUUUGGAGUAUUUAUUUAAUGAACUGUGAACAGAUUUGAACUUUAUUGGUUUUAUUUUGCUUAUAAAUGAGGUUACUGGCCUCGAGUAAUGUGCCACAUUCAUUUUGGAAAAGAAUCCCACGCAGACAUAUUUCUGGGACUUCUAUCCAACCCGAGUUUACGGCAGCUUAUAAGUAAUUGUGUAUUGUGUGCACAAUUAAUUCUGUAAGGAGACACAAUCCAGUUUUAAACUAAUGUACUCUUAAUGUUAGAUCUCAGCAAAAGCUAGGGCUUAUUGGUAUAUUCAUAUUUUCAAUCUAUUUGCCUCUAAACAUUUGCCAAAAUAACAGGGAAGGUGAAGAUGAAUGAAAUCAAGUAACUAGAAUUGGUAUGACUCUAUGAAUCCCUAAAGCACUAUUAUGCUCAGUCUUUUGGAAUAUGUAUACACUAAUAUCAUUCCAUUCAGAUAUUAGGUUUGAUUGAUUUAGUUAGGAUGUAGUGGUGUUUAUAAUUUCUGAUUCCCACAAAGGAGAGGAAAAAAAACAAAAAACAUUCUGCCAAGUGUGAGGGCUGCAUUAACCAUUUUAGACAUUUUGUUAAACACUACGAAGCCCAAUUAGAAUUGAAAAUGGUGCCCAACUGCUGUUUUAUGGCAUUUUACUGAAUUAUCUCUCCCACAUCCAACUUCUGCAUAGUGUGUAUCUCAUCUGAACUAAAUCCUGAAAUGUUGUCUCAUUGGGGAAAUGGCCUGGACAAGCACCUAGUAAAAUCUGAAAUAGCUACUUGUGUAACCACAGAAUACCAGAUCUAGAAUUUGUGUAUUUAUUUAUUGUCAUAAUUACUGCAAUAGGCUUAUAAAGCUCUUGAGGGAGAAUAGUGGACUUUCGAGGCCAUUUCUUUGAUGGAAAUUUGGAAUUUUGUUCUGUGAAUACAGAAAUGAAAUGUAAAAAGGGAAAAAUGGCUAGAAGUUUAAAAACUGAUCUGAAUUAUUUACCCAUUUAUUGAAGCAAAUAUUGUUUGCAUAUUAUGGAGUUAAAUGCUUUCUCAUUAAAUUAAUUGUAGAAUUUGAAACAAUUUAAAAUAAAUGCUGCUAAGUUUGCCUUG